CAAACGUUCACUGAUGAAGCUGAUGAGACUGAACAACUGAACAAGCUCACUGGAAUUUCAUUGGCUGAGGGGAGGACUGUCAAUCAUUCCUACAGCACCUGCGAGAGCUGUAGCCAUUAAAUGAGCUCUGCGUGACGACUUCGUGUGAACUCAGAAAACCCUUCUGGAUAUCCGUUCGUCUUCGUGGCCCGAGGCAGGAUGGAGGAAGCAGAACUCUUAAAGGAGCGGCUUCAAGCUAUUACGAAUAAGAAAAAAAUCCAAGAGGAAAUUGCCCACAAACGGCUUGAGAUCGACAGAGAGAAACUGAAGCUUCAACAUGUUAAGAAAAGGUCCAUGAGAGAUCUGUGGCUCAUGGAUGGGAUGAACAGCAGUAAUGCACAGGAAACCCAAAAAGCUCUUGAAGAUGCACAACAAACGAAACACCUCAAGAGUAAUAUACAUCAGAUAGAGAAAGAAAUUGAAGCGUUGGAGAGAGAGGAAAUGAACAUCUCAACAAAUGAGGGGCUGAUUCUAAAGAGGCUAAAAGCCAUUGAAAAAUCUCCAGAGGACAUUAUUAAGGCAGUGAAUGCAGAUUUCAUUUCAGACCCAAUCUAUAUUCACUCAACAAUUCCAAAUAUGCCAAAGCCCAGCACACCUCUAUUAAACCAGAGGAAGAAACAAGACCUGGAAACUAAAGAAAAAAAUGACCAAGCCAAACCUGCUUUGUUUGCUAUGGAAAUUAACGUUCAGAAGGACUUGCGCACAGGUGAAAGCCAAGUGCUGUCCACCUCCGCCAUUUCUCCCCAAGAGCUCCAACAGAGAGGCAUUAAAGUCUACGACGAUGGCCGGAAGUCCGUCUACGCCUUACGCACGGAUGGCCACCAGCCUGGUGCGAACGGAGUGGAUGAACUCAGUCCCGUGGAGGUUGAGGAGCUGCUAAGACAGGCCUCUGAGAAAAAGAAGAGGUCCAAUCAGGUUCAAAUGGACCCUUCAUAUCCCUACAACAUCUCCCAUGAACUACAAUCAAACCCCAACAACAGAGAGAGCAACAAAUCCAACGGAUACCAAGAUCCCUACAGCAUCGACUUAUCUGCAUGGCCCGAGCUUGUGUACAAUGAUGGCGUUCACUAUCCGGAGGCUGCGGGUCAGAGAAUUCCACUCCUUCCAAUGCCUGAUUAUAAUGACAGACCAGAGGAAUACUAUCACAACGGCAAUGGGAACAGCUACAGCCGUGAGUUACAUAGAGGGGAAAGACACGUGCGUGGACAGUAUUACAAUCGAAGAGAGAACAACCUGGGAACGCGGCAUUUGGAUUGUGACAUCAGAAACCACAGCCCGUGCUCGGCCUACUCCGAGGACUCCAAAGUCAGCAUCCUGAACGCCAUGCCAUCGGAUGAGCCCGUCACCAUGAUCUUCAUGGGCUACCAGAAUGCUGAAGACAACAGCCAGAGCUAUGAGGGCUCAGUUCGGGCAGAGCUGGUGAUCAUUGGAGAUGGUGAAGAUGAUGCAAGCAGGAACAUCCACCCUCAUCAGAGCUCCAAUGUCAACAACGCCUUUUCCUACUCUGCCGGACGGAAGGGAAAAAGAGACGGCGCGGAGGACCCGUCAACUACAGCAUUACAGAUACAGAUGGAGAAACUGGGUCAAACCGCAUAGUGCCCAACACGCAUUUUGUGGAACUCUGAGAUUGUCCAAAGUGGCCAGCGAGGCAAGAAACAUAAGUCAACAUCUCGGCGGAGUCUUCUGAAUGUGAAAGGAGGAUGCGACAUUAACACUUUUCAAGAAAAAAUAUUCUAUACAGCUUAACAUUGUAUGACUCUGUCAAUUUCUUUUAUUCAUAAUGGUGCUACAUAUCUGCUGUAUAUGACACUGACUGAUUUGAAAUGACGUGCCAAUAAAAGGAUAUAUAUGAGACAGUAAGCUAAGAGACUAAACCUCCAAAAAGGAAGAAAUUGCUGUCAUAUGUCACAGUCUGAAGCUUCCUUUCAGAUGUGCUCUUGUUGUAGAGCUAAACCCGAGUGACAGUCAAACCUUACAAUGUGUGUUUGUGGCUGACAGCUGUUCGGGACACCUUUAUUAUCGGUUUAUCUGUGCUAAUGAAUGAGCCUUUCUGUCAUGUGUUUUUGUGGGCUUUUUUUUAUUCAGAUGUCCACGUCAAGGUCAUCUUAGUGAGCCCUUAUUCAUUAUAAAUGAGGGCUCAUUGCUUUUUUUCUUUAUAUUUAGAUAAAAUAAUAAGUGUUGCCUUUAUUAAAACAACUAACAAACAUUAAAGGCAUAGUAAUUUGUCAACUUUUUUUCAAAACUUGUGACUUUCUCUCUUCUGAUAUUCUAAGCUGAUCUUUUUAUUAGAUAUUUUUCAAUGUUAAUUAUAUUUGACAUUUCUGAUAUUUUUGAAACCCUUUGUCAUACAGUGAAAGUGAAUGGGAACUAGGGAUAGUUGUAGUCUCUAUUCAUUCUUAUUAUAUGGAAAAGAGCAGCUUGGACAAUCUGCUAAAUAUCUGCUUUUGAGUUUCACAGAGACAUACAGGGUUUUUGUAACAAUAAUAAAUGAUGACAGAAAUGACAUAUUUUGAAUGAACUGUCCCUUUCAUGAAAUAUCUGACAAUUUUUUUUUUUUUUUUUGUGGUCACUCUGUAGUUUGCAAAAGUGAUGGUACAAAUAAAUAAUAAAAUACUAAAUCAGAUUAAAGCUGAUCCUUUAAUACA